CCCGUUGUUUUUUUAUUCUGUAGUUUUUGGUUGCCAUGACCGUGGCGGGACGCUGUCAGUGACUUCAUUGGCUUCGCUUCGCUCGGGUCCAGCCGCUCCGUUGGAGGAAGCGCCUUAACAAUGGCCUUUAAAUGACCCACCGCGAGUCUCUGGCAGGGAUUAGGCCUUUUCCGAGAGCACGUCAGCGGCGAGAUAAGACGGAACAAACGUGCGGACUCUAAAGCUUCAACUCGCAGCUGCGCUGCUCACGGGAAGAGGAGGAGGCAACCACUGACCAUCAACAGCGAUGCCGAGCACUGAUCUGCGCCACUCCCCGUGCCCGUCCGAGGGGGAAAUCGGCUUCGCCACGCUGCCGGAGCAAGUACACAGGAAAUCUGUCAAGAGGGGAUUCGACUUCACCUUAAUGGUCGUAGGAGAAUCCGGCCUGGGAAAGUCGACGCUCAUAAACAGCCUGUUUCUCACGGACUUGUACGAAGAUCGCAAGCUCCCCAAUGCCGAAGUUUCCAAUACUGUCGAACCAAACCACACCUCUGGAGCAGCUCACCUUCCCAAUGAGAAGAUUGACAGAACGGUCCAGAUCGAGCGCAAAACCAUGGAGAUCGAGGAGAAGGGAGUCCGGCUGAGGCUGACGGUGGUGGACACUCCUGGAUUUGGCGACGCCGUGAACUGCGAGGAGAGUUGGAGGUCCAUCGAUCGGUACAUUGAUGAACAGUUCAACCAGUUCUUCAAGGACGAAAGUGGUCUCAAUCGCAAGAACAUUGUGGACAACAGGGUUCACUGCUGCCUGUACUUCAUUCCUCCAUGGGGACAUGGGUUGCGGCAGCUGGACAUUGAGUUCAUGAAGAGGCUCCACCAGAAGGUCAACAUUGUGCCUGUCAUCGCCAAGGCGGACACACUGACCCCCACUGAAGUUCGUCAGAUGAAGGACCGGGUCCUUCGAGAACUUGAGGAGCAUCAGGUGACAGUCUACCAGUUGCCGGAAUGUGACAGUGACGAGGACGACGAUAUCAAGCUGCAAGAUAGAGAACUAAAGGAGAGCAUCCCAUUUGCAGUAAUCUCGAGUACCCAGGUGGUGGACAUCAACGGUCGGCGAGUCCGCGGUCGACUCUACCCUUGGGGAAUCGUCGAAGUGGAGAACCCGAAGCAUAGCGACUUCCUCAAGUUGCGGACCUUCCUUAUUAGAAUAAUCCUUGGUCUCUUCAGCACACACAUGCAAGACCUGAAGGAAGUGACCCGCGAUGUACACUACGAGAACUAUCGUGCCCAGUACAUCCAGAAGAUUUCUCAACAAGCGGCCCGCGAAAGGGGGAAGCCAGGCAGAGAUUCGGUGACGACCACAUACGACGGAAUAUCGGAAGCUGAUCGCCUGCUCCAGAUGAAAGACGAAGAGAUCCGGCGCAUGCAGGAGAUGCUGUCACAGAUGCAGGAGAAGCUGCGCCAGACGAGCAGAGACACCACACCCGAAGCGUCGACUCCGGACUUGGAUGCCCGCAGGGACGGAGACAGCGUCGUGAACCUCUGAGGAGCAGGUGCAGUGGAAUGAUGGGAAGGAUGCCGCCGACUCGCCAACGCCUCCCCUUUUCCAGCUGUAUGCACAUGCCACCUGGUGCUGCACAACACAGGUUGUGCAGUGGGGUCCGGUCACUUAGGCUUAGGCUUGUGAGAACACUCCUUUCCCGUGGCAUCCAAGCGUUGCUCCCUCAGUGUCCUUUGGGGUGCCACUUGUUUUCCUAGAGAUUGCCAGGGCUGCGUUUCUUUCGUUCGUUCAGUAACGCUCAAUGUUUUACUCUGUCACGAGACACUUUUCUCUGCUUGGUCACAUGCAGCAAGACCAAAGGUUCCUGCUUAUUACUGUUGACCACAGGGAUUUUUCCUGGAAUCGUGGAGCCUUCUUCACUGAAAGUCAUGCGAUGACUUUCAGCGAAGAAGGCCCCAUGAUUCCGGAAACCAGCUGAAAGUCAUCCCUUGACUUUGAGAUGAUUAUGCCCUUAAUGUGAGUGAGUCUAAAAAGUUGGAGUUUGAAGAGUGAGACAGCUACUGUAUUUUGCUCCGCGCACAUUUGCUGACCGCACCAUCAUUGUGCGGGCGAGGCGUCGUGCUGGGCAUUUUUGGCAGGAAAUUGAAUUUGCCACCUGAACUACUUCAAAAUGCACACUCCCUGCUAAUUCACCAUCAGCUAAGUUAUUAUUUUCUUAAUGCAGUGCAUUCGCAUGGAUUUGGAACUUAUGUAUCUAUAAGCAUAGGUUAUCCCACAUCAAGCAUCUCUUUGACAUCCUUGAAUGGCAGUUUGGUUUGACACAUCAAAUUACGGGAAGAUACCAUAUCCUUAGUUUCCAUUUCACAAGCAGCUGUUUGUCAAAAGUUAUAUUUUUUAUUCUUCCAUCUUCGGCAUUGCAUGCACAUAGUUUUCAACGUACAACUUAGCUCCGCCUCUUGCUUCACUGUCUUCAUUCACACACACCACCUCUUCAAAAGUGUCCAUUGUGUAGUUUUCUGAAGCAUGUUCUCGUAUUUGUUAAGUCCAUCUAAGAAGAUUACCCAUGUGGUGCAAGCGCCUCACGAGAAAAUUUCUGGAUGAGCUUGAUGAUGAUCAAGUUGUAAAAUGUGUGUCCUCAGCAUUCAAGGUUUCUUACUGCAGUCACCAGUGCCAGGCAGUAAACAAUGUUUUACUUAUGAUGCAUGCGAAGAUUGCCCUUUCUUUCGUUUUUCCUUUCAUCUUGCAAGUGUUCAAGUGUUAAUAUUACACUUUGCUUGAUUUUUCUAUUGAAAAUAAUUAGCACCCUCUUGGAAACUGUGGGAGCAAUGUGUCACAGAAGCUUCCUAGCUCUACUUUGAGAUUAUACUAAAGGGUCACCUUGAGCUGCUAUUAUAUGCAUACACACAAGAUAUAUGUAUACACCUACAGAGAUUUAUUCGUUCGCAGAUAUACACGCGCAGCCUAAUUCCACAUGCGCAUUCCUGCUUAUUCAUCGUCAAUAUUUUUUUUUUCCUUUUUUGUGAAUGUGCCGGUGAUAUCAUGGUCACUUUUCUGUAAUGUUUUAAUUCUUGGCAGCUGCUUCGAAGAGGCUCUUUGUAUAAAUUACAUGAAGGAUAACUCAUGUCAGAGCCCACAUUUUCUAAUAAUCAGUUUUAUUUUCCGUUAUUUUUUUUUGUGCCUUUUGACAUUGGUUCGAUCCCUAUAAUUAUAACCACAAUCAGUCAUGACUAAAUUAAAAGAAAAAAUAAGUGUGUGGGGGGGGGGGGGGGCAUAGUGGAUUAUUAGAAAAUUUGGGCCCUGGUUCUGAGCUUAUUUCGCUGCGAAAGUUGCGGGCAAAUUUUCUAUUUUGUGUCCAUGUUCACAUGAGGAUAACGACGUGCAGUAAAAGCCCAUUACAGUGAAGCCUUAUCUGACACGAAAAUGGAUUUGUUGUUUCCGGAAAUUCAUUAUAAAGGUUUGUUAUUUACACUGUACGAGUGGCAACACAAUUACUCAUUUACUUCAUUAUAAUUGAAAAUUCGUUAGGCCGAGGUUUUACUGUAAAGCAUUUCAGUCUGUUUCAUUUUAUCGUAUUACAUCUAGAACAUGCAUUACAAUGGUAUUGUGAUAAGUUCCGAUAACCAAAGGUUGACAACUGCAUUUUUGCGCACUCUUACUAAACCAAAGAAGUGUACUGCGCGCUUUUGUCUUGUCUCAGUCACCAGAGAAUGCACAUUUGUGCUCGACAAGCUUUGCUUGUAGCUGGCUUACUUACAGUCCGGCUAGUCAUCAGACUGGGCACUCUUCUUUUUUUUUUGUUUUUUGUCUUGCUUCCAAAGAAACAGCAGCAGUCAAAUGCCACUUAUUAUUUAUAUUUAGCUUGCUUCUAAUUUAUUUACACCUAUUUAUGAUAUGUAUAUUUAUACACGCAACACCUGUGCUAGGGUGGACAUUCCAGAGUUGUGGACCCUAUUUACUUUGCCACCACUUCCUAUCGCUUAUAUAAUCUGCACGGACCCUAUCUGAAAGUGCUAUGUUGUGUAUUCCAGUGAAACAUGCAUUUUUUGUUGUCUGUUUUUCUAUAAAUGUUCUCUUCUUUUUUUCCUUUUUCUCAGGGUUUUUGUCAAUCUGUGUUCAGUUGCAAAUAUGUCAUGUGUCGCUCUGACCAAAAAAUAAAAGAAAGGGAUUGGGGAGGGAUUCAUUGCAAGUCGCAAUAAACGGUGAAUGACAACUGAAUCUUGUUUUUCUUUGAUGUUAGUGUUGCUGUGCUAAGUUGUGAAGCUCUGUCUUCAAUGCAAAGCUUUAAAAAUUACACCAUCUCCCACUAAAGGGAACCAUGUGUGGAUGCGAAGCAUCGGGGAGAUGGUG